UCCCUUCGCCCUCCCCCCCUCUCUCUCUCUCUCUCUUUCUCUCUCUCCCUGUGAGUUGGAAAAAUGCUGCAAACCGUCAGACAAGGCAGAGGCCAACAGACAUACACUCACACAUAACACACACGCUCGUAGGCACUUUCAGCCAACAUGGGCCAGAUAUUGAGCUGGAUCCGAGGCCCACGGGACGGCCAGGCCCUGCAGGAUGUGUCCGUGGAGGAGCAGUCGCAGCCUGGCCAGGCCACACCCAAACUGGCAGCCCAGGUCUCCACUGUGAAGCCUACACAGUUUGAGAAGGCAUCGUCAGGAUCCACCAUGGCUACAAAGCCUGGGCUGGUUACCACAGCAACAGGCGGAGCCACACAGAGUGGUGUCACAACAGGAGGAAGUGCUUCAAUUGGGACAGCAGGAAAAGCCAUGCCAGAGACUAACACUACGCCGGCAGGUGCUACUGUUAUUGACAUGUCGUCCGCUGGGGCUACCUUUGUUGACAUGACAUCAGCAGGGGCGAGGGGCGGUCCUAAAGGGAUGUCAAAGACUGCGGCUGUCUCCCAAGCCAAAGCCCCAGCUACAGGUCCAUCUCCUGCUGGUGGAGUGGCUGCAGCCGCUGGCAUCGCAGCGACCACUGCUGUGACCGAACCCAAAGAGUCACCCAAAGGCACAGCCAAGAGUGCCACUGCUACCACAACAGUCAAAGCUGAUGUGCAUAAAGUUGAUCCUGCUAAAACAUCAGAGCCAGUUGCCGUGACUGCAGCUGGAAAUGUAUCUGUGCAGGGGAAACCAACACAAACGAAGGUGCAGGUAGAGGUUCCUCACGCAGCAGCUAAAGGAGCCAAAGAGGUGGAUCCAUUGGAUGCCCUGGCCAGCAUACUGCCAUCAGCUGAUCAUUUCGCACCCAAACAGCCUGUAUACAGCGGGCCAGAAGUCAAAGAGCAUGAAGUCAUCUCUGAGAAGGGUCAGAAGUGUGGAGAAAAAGACAGCACGCUGCCUCCAGGUUACAGAUUUGAAAAUAUGCCUCCAGUUCCUGCAAAUGUUAAACCCAAGGAUGUUCCUAAACCAAUGAGCACAGACGACGCCCUGGAUUCUCUUUCAGAUGGAUUCAUGGCUUCAACCGUUCCAGCUGCACCCAAAAAGCAAGAGAAAAAGGACUAUGUUGAGAGUGUCAGUGCCUCAUCUGCUGGUCCUGCUAACUUUGCACCACCUCCUGUAAAGAAAUCUGAAAUCCCUGCUGCCGUUCCCCCUGUGGCUGUGUGUCCUGCUCCUCCAGCUGAUAAAAAAGCCAAGAUAGAGAAGGCUACGGGUGAUUUCUCUCUGGAGGCUGGGCUUCCCUCUGCUACUGCCACGAAAAGUGUACCUCCUGUGGCUGUGUGUCCUGCUCCUCCUGCUGACAAAAAAGCCAAGACGGAUGGCUCUCUGUCUCUGGAUCCUUUCAGUGCUCUCAGCGACACAUUGCCAGCAGACCAACCAAAACCUGAACUCCCAAAACUCAGACCUGAGGACAUUGUCUCGGAGGACAAACACAAGAAGGAGAAGGGCGUGUUUGUAGGAGAGAGGGAGGACUCACUUCCUCCACAAUACAGGUUUAAUAAGGACAAACCCCAAAAUCUGCCUGCUCCUACACCUGAGCCCACCAUAGAUGCUGGUGAAGCUCUGGACUUUUUGUCUGAAGGCUUCAUGACCUCCUCAGCAGCCCCUGCUGUCCAGGCUCCUCCUGCAAAGAAAGCCCCCGCAGUUCCUCCUGUGGCUGUGUGUCCUCCUGCUGACAAAAAAGCCAAGAUGGAGAAAGUCAAGGAUGAUUUCUCUCUGGAGGCUGGAAUUACUUCUUCUACUGGCAAGAAAGUUGAGUCCUGUGCAGUUCCCCCUGUGGCUGUGUGUCCUGCUCCUCCUGCUCCUGUCACAGUAAAGAAAACUGCUGCUGGAAAGGAGGCCACUGAAAGCAAGCUCAAGACUGGUCAGGAUGGCUCUCUGUCUCUGGAUGCUCUCAGCGCUCUUGGUGACACGUUGCCCGUAGACAAACCAAAACCUGAACUCCCCAAACUCAGACCUGAGGACAUCGUCUCGGAGGACAAACACAAGAAGGAGAAGGGCGUGUUUGUAGGAGAGAGGGAGGACUCAAUUGCUCCAAAGUACAGGUUAAAUAAAGAUGAACUCAAAAAUCUGCCGACUUCUAAACCUGAGCCCACCAUGGAUACUGGUGAGGCUCUGGACCUUUUGUCUGAAGGCUUCAUGACCUCUUCCUCAGCUCCUGCUGCCCAUGCUGCUCCAGCAAAGACCAAAGUAGAGGAUUUGUCAGCUCUGGAUCUACUCUCUGGAGAUUUUGUUGCUCCAACUAAAGCUUCUGGAGUUAAGGCAGAAGGAGGGACUCCUUCUGCAAAGAAGACACCACAGGAUGGCUCUCUGUCUCUGGAUGCUCUCAGCGCUCUCAGUGACACGUUGCCCGUAGACAAACCAAAACCUGAACUCCCAAAACUCAGACCUGAGGACAUUGUCUCGGAGGACAAACACAAGAAGGAGAAGGGCGUGUUUGUAGGAGAGAGGGAGGACUCAAUUGCUCCAAAAUACAGGUUUAAUAAAGAUGAACUCAAAAAUCUGCCUGCUCCUACACCUGAGCCCACCAUGGAUACUAGUGAGGCUCUGGACCUUUUGUCUGAAGGCUUCAUGACCUCUUCCUCAGCUCCUGCUGUCCAUGCUGCUGGCAUCACCCCCUCAGCUCCUCCUGCACAGCCCUCUGCAGACUUUGCUCUGGAUGCCUUAGCGGGAGAAUUUGUUUCCUCCACUGCCGCUUCGACGGUGAAGUCCGCUGCUUGUGUUCCCACAGAAACUGCCCAAGAGCUGUCCGGAGGAGCAGGCAAUGCCUUGGAUGCUCUGUCAGACACCUUGAAGGAUAUCGCACCCGCCCCUCAACCUGCCCCACUUCCUGCCAAAGACAUUGUCAAGGAGAAAAAGGUUGUCGAAGAGAAGCUGAUUAAGAUGGGGGAGAGAGACGACUCGCUGCCACCAGAGUAUCGACCCACUGAGAAAGAUCUUAAGAAAACAACAGAAGCACAGGCAAAAGCAGCUGCCGCACCCAAGGGGAAAACUAUGGAUGAUAAAACCGCCUUGGACCUGCUGUCCAGUGACUUCUCUAGUGCUCCCAGUGCCAUUGACCCAGUCACAUCAUCUGCUGGCACCAUAAAGCUGGCUCCUCCUGUCCUGGACUCAGGGACCCUGAAGCCAAUGGCUGGUACUGUCCUGGAGUCCCUGUCUGACACCCUGCUCCCAGACGCCCCAGAGUUCAAAUCUAAGACGGACAAACCAAAGGGCAAGAGCAAGUCAAAGUCUAAGUCUAAAAAACACCAUGCAGAGGAGCCAUCUGCCACUGACCAGCUAUCAGAUCAGCUUAGCUCAGACGUUGUGCCAACAUCUACAAAGAAGGGAGGCAAGAGCUAGACCACUUGGUUGUCGGCAGAAUUUGUCCUCCCGGCCACAGGGACGCAUCAGUGAGGGAGCUGCUUUCUGGAUAAUGAUUCUAUUUUUCUAAAUCUUCGAGAAUGUAUACUGGAUGAAAGACAGACAGUCUACAGACAGACCUAGACAUACCCAUAAGACACAAACCCAUAAGAAACACACACACACACACACACACACACACACACACACACACACACACACACACACACACACACACUCUGCAUGCGGUGCCUUUUUUGUUUCACAUGUAUUUAAGGAAGAGAAGGUUUAGGUUUCAGUCUUUGGAAAAAAAGAAGCAGCGCCUUUGCUGGUUUUGUUGGUUGAUGUGUUGAGCGUGCUGAGGGAAGGAAGGCGUUCCUCGUCAGAGUCCUGUAUCUACAUAUCAGCUGAAAGUUUUCCAAUGAAACACUAAUAUCACAACAUACUGCUAAUCUAAAGCCUGGUGGUGUUGUGGCAUUGGUUGGACCAGCGGUGACCGUCAGCUUACGUGGGAGCAGUACGGAGUGGGUGUAGGAUCGGGAUGUUUGUGCAAUUUUAAUGUACACAGAAAAGCCAAGUUUUCUAUCAUGAUGUGGUCUGAUGCCAUUAAGACACUAGUUGGACAGCUUAGUUUGCUUAUAUUUUGGACAAUACAUAGUUUACAUAAUUAAAUAUGUGGAGGAUUUCCAGGAGGUGUUCUGCUUAAUUCUGUAUCCCUUGCAAAUGCAUUUUACUUUCUGUAACAAAAAUAUGCUGGUGUCCAGAAGUGCACUUAGUGAACCGAGGUGGUUACAAGCUUUUACAACUUCCCUUGUUUGUAUACUGUAAAAAAAAAAAAAAAAAAAAAAAAAAAGAAGUAAAAAAAAGUUUUUUGUUCUAUAUAAGACAACACUGUAUAAUUUACAAAAGGCUUUCAACUGUAAAGUUAAAAAUCAAUGUACUGGCCCCAAAGGUUUUUUUUCAUGUCAAAGGUGUUAUGUGUGAGUGUGAGUCAAAAGAUAUGAGAGGUAUUUUAGAUGUGGGAAGACUAAUUAAAUGAAAUAAAAU